GGCGGGUACUUCCGAAAAAACGUAAACAAAGCUCGGUGAAGAUGGAGGAACACGACACCCCAGGAGAGACUGAAGAUGGGAAGCAGAAAGAAAACGAGUCCACCGAGAAGCAGAGCGAUACAGCAGGCGGUGGAGAAGCUUCUGGUAAAGCCGCGGAGGAGACGACUGCUCGGUACAACCGGCUGAAGCUGUUCGAUAAAGUGAUCCAGAAAAGCCUGAACAGGUUCAUAGAGAAUGCCAGUUUUAAGGUAUUUUCCAGCAAGUUCCGUCCGCUGUACAAGGAGAACGUUAAGAGGAUGGAAGAAAUUCACAAUCAGUUUACAGUGGUGCUGCAGAAAUCUAUACAGGAGGACAUCAUAAAAUUAAUGGAAGAAGGCAAGAUUGAGAGCAAAUUUCAAGAACUGGACAAGCUUGAAAAUGAGGCAAAGGACAACCCUGAACCUGCAUGGCGGCCCAGUGGAGUUCCUGAACAGGACUUCUGCAGCUUUUUGAUGCCAUACUAUCAGAAGCAAAAAGCUUAUAUGAAGCUUGAGCUGAAGAAAAUUCAAGCUGAAAACGCCGCGCUGGCAGAGAGGGUUCGAGCAGGGAGAGAGAAGAUUGCUCAGACUGAGCAAUGCAUUUCAACGGAUGUGGAUGAGUGGAAUGCAAAAGUGAUCGACUUUGAAAGAGUGACCUCUUCCCUUAACCCUGUUGAUUUUUUUGAUGAGUGAUUUUUUUUUUUUUAACACAGCAAACUGUUUAAAUGUAAAUAUUUGUUUACUCAACUAUUAUGUUAAAAAUAAAUAAACAAAUACAG